AUGAGACAGAGGGCUCCAGGCGUAUGCUUGGCUUCCCGGAGAGAGGACCCCCGGUGGCCCCGCUUGGGGGAGAAGGGCCGGGGACCACCGCGCUCCCGGGGAGGGCCGGGCACCGGGGACCACCGGGGUUCCGGGAGGGGCGGGCACCGGGGACCACCGCGCUCCCGGGAGGGGCGGGCACCUGGAACCACCGCGCUCCCCGAGGAGGGGCGGUCGAGCGGCCGAGACCACUUAGCGGCGCGGAGGAGAGAACAGCCGCACAGCUCCGGCCUCUCUUCCGGGCUGUGGCGCGGCGCACACCUGAACCAAGGUCCCCGCGACACCCAGGACCCUCCCAGCGCUCGCCCUGUGACCUUGGGGAGGCGCCUCCUGACUCGGCUUCCUCCGCGGCCCCGCCAAGGGAGCGACCUCAGGCUAUCCAGCCCAGACUUCCCCGGGAGGCGCUUCCCCAGCGCCGCCGAAGGCUCAUCCCCGCCCGCCGUUUACCUGAGGAGCCGCCGCCACCUCCGCCGGGGCGCCGCCUUCCCGCCCAGCAGUGGCCCCGGAGUGGGCGGAGCCUCGCGCGCCGAGCCCGCCCUCGCUGCCUUCUGGCCAACCGCAGCCCGGAGCGCGGCAGUAGGUCCCCGCCCCCGAACGAUCUCCGCAGUUAUUGGUCAGGUGCACGUCUCUCACGCUCGCUCCACCCCGCCCACCUUCAUUUGCAAAGCAAGAGUGCGCAGACUCGGCUUUCGCUCGGCCCCGCCCCCGGCCGCUCCUGGGCCACCGCCUCUGUCUGAAGAGCGCCAGCGCGGCCGCCACUGCGCAGGCGCGGCCUUCAGGCUCGUGACAGCGACGCCAGCCGUCCCCGUGCCCCCGUCGGACGCACAGAGCCCUGGCGACCUCCGCUCCCAGACGCCGGAGACGCGGGCUCGGCGCGGCGUUGCGGCCGCUCGCAAGCACACGCCCGCCCUCUGUCUGCCCGGAAGCGCCCGCUGGAGGCCGCGGCACCGGGAGAGGGGCAGGACACUCGGGGCCCUGCGCUCGUUGGGAAAGAGGCGGCCAGCGGGGUCCCGGGAGCUCGGGACGCGAUAAGAGCGAUGGCUCCGCACAAAUCCCAGCACGGGACGGCUGCCCAGUGAAGCCCCGGGAAUGAAUUCAAGUGCAGCCAACGACGCGGAUAAUCGAGACUGCAAAGGGAGGGUGGACAGAGCCAAUGGCCGUUCUGAGCCUGCAGUCAUCAGUUGGCUUGACACUCGCGGGCUUCCGGCCGCGCCCUGGCACUGGUGGGAGCCGGGAGGGAGAGGAGGUGCGCCGCAGGGAGCGCAGGCUCCCAGGCUCCGCUGCAGAGCCCAGAGGCUCAGCUACCCUGGGUCGGGACCACCUGGCUCCGGUUCUAGAGUGGCCGUUUCUUGCAGCCCCCACCUUCGACGAACUCCACCCUGCCCCCGUGCCUCUCCAGCCCUUCUAACACUUGAGCAACCAGUCCCACCUGCUUAAA